AUGUCAGAGACGACUAUGGUGAAGGUGAAGACCGAGCGGCCCGAUGAGGCGGAGAUUAGAGAGCUCGCCGCGAAGAUGGUGGAGGCGAACAAGGCGAAGGCUCUAGCGGCGUCUGUGGCGGCGGCUCGGCCUGGCCCGGGCGCGCUGGGCACGGCGCCGCCCGGCGCCGGCGGGCAGCUGGGCAUCCUCAACUUCCUCACCCGCAAGACCGGCGCGCCGCCCGACACGCGGCCGCCCGUUGACCCAGAAAAGAAGACCCCGGCGCCGGACGAAGCCAGCUGGAAAGGCCACUUCGGCUGGGACAUGCUGGGCAAGUGUCACAUCCCCUACAUCUACCGGUCCGGGGAGAAAUACGUGGCAGUCAGAAUGGUAGAAAUUAAAUUAUUAAACAAGUACCUGAAUUACCUUCAUGCAGAUAUUUACUCUUGCACCUGUAUAAGAAGUUACUACAUAACAGAGAUAGAAGCGAGGCUUCUAAACGAAAUAAACAGCAGGCAUUGUGAUGGCCAGUUCGGUAGAGACGCCUUUACACAGAAGGACCUGGUGGUUCGGUUAUCAGACGCUUAUGAAUUUUAUAACUUCUUAGAUGUAUGUUACAAUAAGUUACUUAGAGGCACAACAAAUAGUAAAGAUAAGUGCGGGUUCAUCAGAAUAAACAAAGAGUCAGUGGUACCAUACACGGUGAGAGACGGACAGAAGUUUGUGCCCUUGUUUUAUUUUGAAGGUGAAACGGACAAUCUUAAGUUGAAAGCGGACCAGUUGAAGGGUUGGGACUUGUCAUACUUGAAAUUCUGUUGUAAAGUGCAGGGCAUUCGGAAUGAACUGUUUGCUAGUGAGACUUGCUCAGUGAUAAGCCUGUCGGACAUCAAGAGCUACUUCCCACCCGGGACGGAGUUUGAGGAAUACUGGCCAAACAAGGUGGUGGACUCACAGCUUCUGAUUUCUGCUAAAGGUUCAAUAGGAGGUGGUGGCCAAUGGACGCGAGCACCUCCCGCGCCGCCGCCAGGCGUGGUGGCGCAGGGCGCCGGCGUCGGCCUCUCGGGCGCCUCCACCCGAGGCCGGCGGCCGAACGCGCAGCGCCACGCCCCCUCGUCCAUGCAGAUGCCGCACGCGGGCAUAUCCGCGGCGGCCGUGCAGGCGCUGGCCAGUGGCUGGAGCCUGCCCGGGACGCUCACGCAGGCUCAGACGCAGCAGGUGCUGAGGCUGGCUCAGGCGCAAGUUGCCGCUCAAGCGCAAGCAGCGGCAGCGCGUUACAGCAACGCGGCGAUCGCUGCGGCCGCGGCCGCCAUGCCGCAGCACCGCACACAGCAGCACCAACGAAAUGUUCAGUUUCCGAACAGUGCAAUUACAAUGGCGAUGGGACAGCAACCGCCGCCGCCUCUCGUGAGGAGCACGGCCAACACCUCUACUAUGAAUGUACCCCCGCAAGUGACCGGAUCGAUGAAUGGCCACUCAACCUCUCACGCCGUGGACAACCGCAAGCGGCUUACGCCGAUAACAGAAAUCACUGCUACUGGCAGCCAUACGCCGUAUAAGGUUCAAAAAGCGCUGGUGGAGAACACAAUGGUGCCCUGCAUCAACGCCAAGCCGUUCCAGUACACGGAGCUGCUCAUGACGCUGCCGGACCUGGCCAGCCACUUCUUCCCGCGCGUGCAGCUCGCCACCUGCCGCGCCAUGCUCGACGCGCUCGGCCUCACUCUGUACCGGCCUAACUCAACGCAACUGCAAGUGCUCCGCAACUCGGGCAAGUGCAAGUCGGCGGCGGCGGGCGAGAACGGCAUGGCGCUGGUGCAGAUCCGCGACGUCAUGCAGCACAUGCCGCAGUUCAAGUACAUGCUGCGCUCCGGCCUCGCCGCCGACGAGCCCGCGCACGCGCCGCGCCCCGCGCACGCGCCGCCCGCUCCGCACGCCAAGCGCGCCCGCGCCAACUAGGCCACUCCACGCAGUCACUCUUCCUCCUGAACACCAAACCGUAUCACGGACUAAUCGAUAUCACGGAGCGCGAGACCGUCUUACCUAUGGUUGGCUAGGACCCGAUUGUUUCACAUCUAUAUCAUUGUGAAGCCCGAGAGAGCGCGCGAGCGACGACUAAACCAUAUCCUGAAGAUCUAUGUAUAGAUCCGCAAACAGCAACCGCAACACAGACUAAUCGGUACUCCAUAGAACCACAGAGCGCGAGACCGGCAUACCUAUAAUUGGCUAAGGUCCGAUUGUUUGACAUCGAUAUCACUCUGCCGCCUGCCAGCGACGUCAAGUGCGCCCGCGCCGACUAGACCCUAUUCUGAACACUAUACAGCACAAGAUCGUCACUCUUCUGGUUGGCUUCGUCCUGAGAACCGCAGAGUGAGGCUAGGACCGACCACUUCACAGACUGACAUCGCUCGGCAUAAAUCUAUGAAUGUUCUCAUACAGGACUACAGAGCGCGAGACCGUCAUAUCUAUGGUUGGAUUAAUCCUGAAGAACACAGAAUGUGAUUGAUAACCGAUCCGCAUCACAGACUUAUCGAUACAACUUACCAUAUACCAUACGCGAGACCGCCCUAAUAUCGAUAUCGAUCAGCAGAGACCUGUUUGACAGAUGAUUUGGCGGAACUGACCCUGAGAGGCCCUAAGUGCAAUGGAACAGUCUUUUGACGUAUUUGUUUAGCUGAGUUGUAGAGUUCUACCAGCUCUAGAAAUAAGCAAAUUUAGUGAAGCCAUGAACAAAGUUAAUUUAUCAAUUUACAAGAGUGAAAUGGGCCUCUAUUGACAUUAAUGACUGUAUCAUGUGAAAUACAAGUUACAUCAUCAUGGUUAAUGCACACUAAAAUCCCGAAGUUCGCCAAACCCAAUGACAGUAAAGUGCUCAAAUAUAUUGACAUAAAAAUAAAUUGAAAUACACAAUGAAAAAAAAACUUUGGGACUAAAAGAGACAUGCAUUGGUUUCUCCAUCAGAAAACGUUAAUGAGGGAGUGUUUUAGUGCUAAUAGCAAUAAAUUUUAUCAAAUAAACUAUGCUUAGCUCUAAGCAAGUGCCUAGUGUUGAAAGGAACAAACUCGUGAGUGUAUAUUGAGAUAGGUUUGCCAUUUUGCAUUAAUAUUAUGGAUUAGACAAGUGAUGGGGCUUCCUAUGUGUUUGUGGGAACUUUUUUAUGGAAAGAGUGGAAUGUACACGGGUCUCAAGUACGCCAUAUAAGUGCUACAUUUGUACCACAUUGGUAAAUUUGGGCGAAUGGAUUAGGUAAAUUAGAUUUUGAAAUUUAUUUGUAACUUUUGAAUAUAAAGGAUCCAAAGUAUAGAUAUCACUUUAUAUAUGGCGUAUGGACGAAUGUUUUACCCUUAUUAUCAUCAGUGAUUUAAAGAUAUACUUAUAUCAAUAUAUCAUUAGACAUUGUCAAUUUU